AUGCCAGUCACGCCAGUUCAGAUGCCAAUCACACAGUUCAGAUGCCAGUCACGCCAGUUCAGAUGCCAGUCACACAGUUCAGAUGCCAAUCACACCAGUUCAGAUGCCAGUCACACCAGUUCAGAUGCCAAUCACACCAGUUCAGAUGCCUGUUCCACCAGUUCAUAUGCCAGUCACACCAGUUUAGAUGCCAGUGACACCAGUUCAGAUGCCUGUCACACCAGUUCAGAUGCCAAUCACACCAGUUCAGAUGCCUGUCACACCAGUUCAGAUGCCUGUCACACCAGUUCAGAUGCCAGUCGCACCAGGUCAGAUGCCAGUCCCACCAGUUCAGAUGCCUGUUCCACCAGUUCAGAUGCCAGUUCCACCAGUUCAGAUGCCAGUCGCACCAGUUCAGAUGCCAAUCACACCAGUUCAGAUGCCAGUCAUACCAGUUCAGAUGCCAGUCACACCAGUUCAGAUGCCAAUCACACCAGUUCAGAUGCCUGUCACACCAGUUCAGAUGCCUGUCACACCAGUUCAGAUGCCAGUCGCACCAGGUCAGAUGCCAGUUCCACCAGUUCAGAUGCCAGUUCCACCAGUUCAGAUGCCAGUCGCACCAGUUCAGAUACCAAUCACACCAGUUCAGAUGCCAGUCACACCAGUUCAGAUGCCAGUUCCACCAGUUCAGAUGCCAGUCGCACCAGUUCAGAUGCCAGUUCCACCAGUUCAGAUGCCUGUUCCACCAGUUCAGAUGCCUGUUCCACCAGUUCAGAUGCCAGUCACACCAGUGCAGAUGCCAGUUCUAUAAGUUCAGAUGCCUGUCACACCAGUUCAGAUGCCUGUCACACCAGUUCAGAUGCCAGUUCCACCAGUUCAGAUGCCAGUCACACCAGUUCAGAUGCCAGUCCCACCAGUUCAGAUGCCUGUUCCACCAGUUCAGAUGCCAGUCGAACCAGUUCAUAUGCCAGUCACACCAGUUCAGAUGCCAGUCGAACCAGUUCAGAUGCCAGUCACAGCGGUUCAGAUGGGUGA